AUGGGCCUCCUUCCCAAGGCCGCCGUGACGAGCGGCUUCUACUUGUACUUCCCACUGAUCGACAUUGCGCAGACGAUGAUUUUCGUUUUCAUGUCGCUCUUCACGCCAGCGGACAUGCUUGCCAUGAUCUUCCCCGAUGCUAGCCUGACGGACGAAACCUCGCUCGCAUUCGUCCAGCUGAUGGGGUUCAUGAUCUUAACCCUCUGCGUUGCCGAGGCGAUGAUGCUCCUUCUCGGCCACAAGGCGAUCGUGUUCUGGAUGCGGUUCCAGCUGAUUUUCAUGGUUGGCUUCGCGUUUAUGUGGUACAAACUGUCCCCGAAAUACUUCUUUUCGCCCUUGAACCUGUACCAGACGCCGCCGUUUUUGUUCAUGUACUUCUGGGCCGGGUUUGUGCACUACAAGCGGAACGGAAUCCCGCUCAGCGACGGGGACGCGGGCUACACGGCGUCGGGAACGGAAGGAGUCGGGUUGAUGGCGUAUUGAGCCUCGACGCGCUGCUGGUCGAGCGCUUCUGUAUUGAUGGCAACGCUGAACGAGGACGACGAGAGCUAUUGUCGGAUGGAUGGUAGUUGAGCAUUUUUUGCAGGUCCAGUUUCCUGGUUUAUUUCGAAUGAUUACUUUUCGAUUACAAGAAGAAGAAACUGAACCUCGACUUUGCGAUAGUUAUUUGCAGAAUUUGAACUGCUGUUGCACUACCACUGCGUGAUUCGUUCAAGCAGCAUACGCAUGAAAAACUUUUUCUGAUGGUCGCAUGUUUUUCUUUUUGCGGACAACAGUGUACGUCUUCCAAAAAUUUGUUUUUGCCGAUGAAGCUCGUUGACAGAGCUCGGUCGUGUACCAAAAUACACUCACACUCGUCGCAUUUUCUGUGACGCUGCCGCUGGUGCAGCAUCUUGCAC